AUGAAUAAGAAUAAUAAUCGAAAUGAGGAAUUAAUAAGAGAGCAAUAUUGUAGAACUUAAGCAGAGAGAAUUCUGGACAAGCAGCUUUUCAAAAAGACUAAAGUAAUUUAAUAAGUUAAGUAGGGUUAACAAUUGCAUUAAGUGGAGAAAUAGAUUUAUGGAGAUUAGAACAAAAAAGUGAAAGCUGAAGAGAGUUCAUAAAAAGAAUAGAUGAGUUGCUAAUAAGCUAUGUGCUUAGUACUCAAAUAUCUAAAUAAUGAUAACAAAAUAUUCACAGCUUUGAAUAAAAUUAAGUUGCUAAUUAAGGAAUUUAAAAACAAAUUCUAUGAUUAUCAUUUAUUGUAGAUCCUUUAUUGCUUGUCAAUCACAAAGUAUCAAUUCAAGUAACACGAAUGCGAUCAAUUGGUUAUUGACAUUUUUGAACUCUGUCAAAUUCCUAAGCACAUUUAAAUUAUAGACAUACUAAAAAUUCAAUUGAUUAUUAAGAUCAACCUUUAAACUGACGACACCUUUUAAUUUAACAACGUAUUGAAGGAAUUAAAGAAGAUUAUAGAUGAUUUAAAUACUGCCUAAGUGUUGGAACCUGUAGAUAUUAAACAACAGAACUCAUUGUAAUAAAUCGAAGCUUAUGAAUAUGAAAUUGUGCAAGAUUUUGAAUAGUUUCUGGUAUUAUUAUUCGUUUAUAGUAGAAUAACAAAGAGUUUCAUAUGAAAUAAAGAUAACAAUAUGUGUUGAAUUGCUUAGAGGUGUUGGUAGAUCAAUUUAAAUAUUAAUGGGCAAAGACAAGUAUUCACACAUUCAUUCAGAAUUUGAAUUUUAAUCAAAAGUAUUGGUUUUGUACUUAAAAUAGAUAGUUUUUUGAUGAAUAAUUCAGAGUGCAAAUAGAUGUUAUCAUAAGCAAGAUUUAGAAUGCCAAGAUUCUGUAUACAGCCAGUAAUGAAAGGGAGAAGGCUUAGAGUGCUAAACUGAUGCAGGACUACUUGAAGCCUAUCCAUGAUGUUGUAGAUUGUCGGGCCAUAGUUAACACUGGAGAUGGUUUGGAUUAGUGGGGUUUGAAGCAAACUGGAUUGUGAUUAUUAUUGACAUUAAUGUAUUCUAAGG